AUGCCCAAGGGUGGCCGCAGAGGCCCCAAGCAGCGGGAGAGGGAGCUGGUGGAUGGCCUCGGAACGCGGCCGGUGCCGCCAGAAGCGGCAGACCAAGAGCCGGAGGAGCCUUCGCAGCGGCCUUGCGCCUGCGAUGUCUGCUGCAAGGAGCGGUCGCCCCGGUGCCACUGCUGCGGGGGCUUGGGCCGGCGCCUGGACCUGAUCGAGGCCAAGGUGCUGUCGCAUUGGCACGACUUCCUGGUCCACAAGUCCGAGGUGCAGCGGAAGUUCGAGGAUGUCUUCAGCCGCCGGCGGCCCAAGGGCACCGCCCAGGUGGCGGACCUCGAGCGACGCCUCACCUGCCUUGAGGACUCUCUGGGCUUUGCAGCCGCCCAGGCGCAGCAGGGCCUCGGCGUGGGGGAGGAGCUGCGGGAGGCGGUGGACCGGCAACAGCGCCAGCUGACGGACCUCGAGGCGCUGCGCCGAGGCGGCGCGGAGGCGCAGCGGCGCCUGGUGGACCUGGAUCAGCGUAGCGAGCGCCUGGGCGCGCGCCUGGCCGAGGAGGUGGCGGAGCUGCGGCAGGAGACGCAGGAGGUGCUGCACCGAGUGACCCAGGAGGCCUUUGCAGAGCUGCGGCAGUCCAUGGAGCGGCGCCUGCAGCAAGGCCGGGAGGACAUCUUGUGGUCCGCCCAGACAGCGGCACAGACUGCCCUCAAGUCUGCGAUCUUCGAGGUGAACUCCUCUGUCGUGGAAGCUGAGGGAAAGGCAGAACGACAAAUCAACAGGCUGCGGAGUGAGCUGGAGACAGCCGAGGCCCAUGCUCAGGAUGCCUGCACCCGGAAUGCCGGCGAGAUUUCGCGUGCCGUGCUGGCAUCGGAGUCCUCGAUGCGGCCGCGGCUGCAGCAAGCCCAUGCAGAGGCCAAGGCGGCGGCAGCCUGCCAGGAAAUUGUCGUGGAGAAGCGGCUGCAGCAGGUGGCUGCGGAGGCGUCCGAGGAGUGCCGAGCCAUGGAGCGGCGCCAGCGCCUGGGCCUGGACGAGGCCAGCGAGGCCCUGGGCGGCGCCGCUCGGCAGAUGGUGGAGCUGGCGCUGGAGAGGCACCGCGCGAGCCAGGCCACGCAGCUGGAGGGCGUGGAGGUGCGCCUGGCGCAGCUGGAGCGCAGGCAGCUCGAGGCGGAGGCUUCCUGGGAGCGGCGCUUGCGGGAGCAAGCGCAGGUCUCCGAGGAGCUGGAGAGGAGGGUUUCGCAGAUUCACCGCGAGGUGGCCGAGCGUGCCGAUGCCAUCGAGAGCCGCAUGACAGCGGAAGUGGUCGGCUGCAAAGACGAGCUCCAAGAGACCCUCGCUGCAGGCCAGGCGCGGGCGGACGGCCUGGCGGCGCGCUUCGGCGAGGCGCAGGCGGCGGCCGCCCAGGCGGUGCGGGACGUGCAGCGGGCGCGGCAGGAGCUGGCAGAUGGCUUGGUCGACUGUCAGGAGCGCGUGGCUGCGGUCUCGAAGUCGCUGGCACCCAUCCAGGACUCCGCAGCCGGUUUCAAGAAGGAGCUCGCCGACGUGGUUCAGGGCCACCAGGUCCUGCAGCAGGACCUCUCCGGUGCACAGGCUAGAAACACAGAGCUGCACACUCUGGCAGACAUGCUGAAGGGCAAGCUGACCGAGGAGUUUUCGCAUGUGCAGUCAACCUUGCGAUCGCUUGGGAGCCGCAUGAACACAGUGGAGACGGCUUGUGCUGCUGCAGACCGGUCUGCGAGCACGGCGAAGGCGGAGGCGGCAGCCCUCCGCAGCUCGGUGGAGGCGGCCUGGGAGAAGACGCAGGUGUUCAAGGAGGAGGUGAGUCGGGAUAUUCAAGCAGCAGGCUUCGCCGCGCAGGUGUCGCCGCGCGCUGAGGAGCAGCGGCUUCGGGAGGAGCUGUGCCGGGAGCAGCGCCAGCUGCGGGCGGAGCUGGUGGAGCAGAUGCAGCGGGUGGCGCUGGCGGAACGCUCCGCCCAGGAAGCCGCGAGGGUCGCAAGGGGGGAGGAGGCCGGCACGCAGCGCCUCGCGGCGCUGUCGCAGCAGGUGGAGAGCCUGCGGGCGCAGGCAGUGCAGGCGGCUUCGGCGGCGCAAGCCGACGGGGGCCGGGAGCUCUUUGCAGAGCUGCGGACGACCAUCGUGCGAGUGGAAGAUCUGCAGGGCCAGGUAAACCGGCUGUUGCGAGAGUCCAAGAAGAGCGCCGAGAAGCUUGAGGCGGCCCUCUCGCGCCUGCAGGACACCGAGCGCGGCAUGGAGCGCCUGGCGCGGGUGGGCCGUGACUGCCCGAGCUCGGAGCUUUGGCGCGAGGUUCGGGAACUGAGGUCUCAGCUGGCUGACCUGCGGCUGCAGACGACUCUGGCGCCCCUGGCGCGCACAGAGCCCCUGGCGCGCACAGAGUUGCCCUCCAGGUACGGCCGAACGGGCGAGGCGAAGCCGGGCCGGAGCCCGGCGAGGCUUUCCUCGGAGUCUACCCACGAGGCGGGGCAGCUGAAGCCGCCCAGCCCAGUGAUUGAUUGGGGCCAUCUAGAUCUGCUCAGCUCAUGCAUGGCGGCAGGCAUGGGGCCCACAGCGCUAGCUGAACUUUACAGCGAGGGCCCCGAGAUGCAGACCUUGGGGGGGGCGAGCAUUGUCAAGUUCUUGCACACCAUGAGGACUGCUGCUGAGCACGAUCUUGACCACUGCGCGGUGUUGUUCGCCCCUUUGAAGGAGGGCUCCGUGGAGCUGGGUUCUUUCCUCCUCCUUUGUGAGGUUCCAGGCGGCCCGAAGUUGUGUGAGCCUUCACUGCCGCCGGGCCCUUGUCUCCAGGACCUCGUGUGCCAGGCAGAGGUGCAGGCGCGUGCGGCCACGGCGGAGUGGCGGAGACGCCUGCGGCCCUUCAAGACCUGGCGCGUCACUGUGCAUCGAAGCGGGGCGACACAGCGCUGGAGGUCGCCUGAAGUUGCUAUGAAGAUUGGCGAUGCCAUUGCAGCAACUGGUAGCAUUGCAUUGUCGCCGACCUGCACCGCGGGGCCGCAGGCCCGCGUCGGCCAAGCAAGAUUUGGGGAGUACCAGCAUAAGCACCAAGUUGAGCUCUCCCAGAUCCGAUGGCCAGCAGUGGGCAAUAUGGCCAUCGUCCGGGAGGCUAUCCCGGUGCCGGGACCCGGGGAGGUUUUGGUACGCGUCACCCACGCGGGCCUGUGCGGGUCAGAUUUGCAUUACUUUCGGCACGGUGGCCUUGGGACCUUCAAGGUGGACCUGCCGAUGUACAUGGGCCAUGAACCAGCGGGGAUCAUAGCGGAUGCCAAUGGCUGUGAGGGAUGGCAGCUGGGCGACCGCGUGGCUGUGGUUCCCAACUGCCCCUGCCUCAGCUCCAGGAUGGCGAUGCAAGGCAAGCAGCACCUUUGCGAGCAGGGCACCUUUAUGGGAGCUGGAGGGGUCAAGGGGUGCUUUGCCGACUUCGUUUGUGUCAGCACGCUCCAAUUGGUCCGGGUGCCUGCGCACGUCCCCUUGGACCUUGCCAUGAUGACAGAGCCCUUGUCGGUUGCUUUGCAUACGUUAAAGCUCGCGCAAGCCUCCAUAUUCAACAUCCUGGAUGGGGACGUGGCCAUUAUGGGUGCGGGCGCCAUUGGCUUGUGCCACCUUCUGCUGCUGAAGCACAUGGGCGCCAGGCAUGUCCAUAUGAUAGAGCCGCUGGAGGAGAGGCGUGAGCUGGCCAAGCGGUUGGGCGCCGCCAGCGCGGUGGGCCACCCCGGCCGCGGCGCGGAGCGCCCGGGGGGGCGGAAGGGCUGCGAGCUGGUGCUGGACUGUGCCGGCACGGAGCAGAGCUUCAAUAUUGCUUUGCAGGUGGCCGGCCUGGCAGCGCAGGUGGUCCUGGUGGGGAUCCCAGAGGUGGACUUCCUGAAGUACAACCCCCAUGUGGCCCGCACCAAGGAGCUGACGCUGCUCAACGCGCGGAGGGCGAACCAGACGCUGGCGCCGUGCCUGGACCUCCUCGCGCGCUCGGAGGCGCUCAGGGAGAAAUGCCUCUGCCUGGUGACCCACCACAUGCCGCUGGCGAACAUUCAGGAGGCUUUCGAGAUGGCCUCCUCCUACACGGGUGGAGCGGUGAAGAUCGCCAUUCUGCCCGAGAACGAGGCACAUAGCUUUAGGAGCGUGGGGCUCAUCGGCGGGACCCCGCACAGCGUCGAAUACCUGCGGCACCUCAAAUCGGAGGGGCUGGAGGUGAAGUUUGUUGCAAUUGCCGGUGGCAACUGGCCGCAAGAGGCUAAAAUCAGGGAGGAGUUGCAGGAGCUGUGCCGUUUGCACGGCAUCCCCUGCUUCGACGUGAAGGAUGUGCCGGCCAAUGUGCAGGACAUGCAGCCAGACUUGCUGAUCGAUGCCGGGUUCAGUGUGGACGGCCCCACAGCUUCCUGCUUGCCGGCAGCACUGCGCUGCACCACGGUGCUGGGACUCGGCCGGCCCUUGGGCUGGGCGCUGCUCGCGGGGGAGGCCCCCGGUUGCGCCAGCUUCAUUGGAGAGGACCGUGUUGUUGACAUCUUCACGGAGGAAAUCGGUUUCCCAUGCGGGGCGCGGAAGGCCUUUGACUUGCUCUCGCGAAGGGCGGCGCAGAGGUUCCCCCAGUGGCUGCGGGCUCUGCGCAGUGGGGACUAUGACAUGUCCAUGCUGAAGGCCUGGCGCUCGGCCACGGCGGGUGCUGGCCAGACGAAGCUGAGCCGCAGUGGUGCGGCUCCGAACAACGGAUGGGUCUCCUGGCGCUGGCGGGGCGGCUUCAUCCACCGCUUCGCCCUGUCCCUAGAGCUCGACCCGCGCGGCGCACGGGCCAGCCGCGCGGACGGCAGUGAGGUCACAUGCAGCGUAGAGCACGUGAGCAGCAUGGAGGAGCUCCUCGCCAGCCCGGAGCGGCUGAAGGUCUUUGCAGGGGCGCGACCCGGCGAGGUUGUUGAGGCCAAAGCGCAGCGAGCCUGGAUUCGAGGUGCGGAUGCCCUGCUGCACUGCCAUGUUUCCGCGGCAUUGAGCGAAGGAGAAGUCCUUGCGUCGAGAACUGACGGGGCGCACGGCAUCGCGCUGGAUUUCCAGGGCGACACCUGGCAGCCCGCGGCUGGUCCAGACACGGGGGAGAGCGCGUGCCCGCGCGUCGAGCAGGCAGCACCAGAGCCAAAGCAGCACAAGGUGCCCAUGUUCCAAUUGGACUUUGAGCCUGCUUUUGUGGAUUCCUUCGCUGCGGGCGCCCGGGAAAUCCUAUGCAGCGGCCGCCCGCUCAGCGAGAGCGUAUAUGCCAGGAAGUUUGAGCAGGCCUUUGCUCAGCUGGUGCAUGCCCCCUUCGCCUUGGCCACGACGUCGGGCACGGUGGCACUGGAUAUCGCCAUGCGCGGCCUGGGAGUUUCGGGCAAGGUGGUGGCCAUUCCCAGCAACACCUUUUUUGCCACCCAAGUGGCUGCGCUCAAUGCGGGCGCGAUCCUGGAGUGGGUGGACAUUGAGCCCGAGUACAUGCAGGUGUGUCCCAAGAGCUUGCAGGGUCUCUUUGACCGGCGCCGGGGGUCAGUGGCAGCCGUAGUGCUCGUGCACAUAGCUGGAAUCAUUUCCCCUCACUUUGGCGCGAUCAGAGACCUGUGCCGUCAACAUGGGGCAGCUUUGGUGGAGGAUGCCGCGCAUGCGCAUCUUGCGCACUGCAGCGAGGGCCAUGCAGGUUCCCUGGGAGAUGUUGCCGCUUUUUCCUUCUUCCCGACGAAGGUGAUGACGGCUGGGGAAGCCGGCAUGAUCACCACGCGUAGUGAAGCGCUUCUCAAGAAGAUGCAGAGCGUCAAGGAAUUUGGAAAGGACGUCACGGGGCCCAAGUCCCGGCUGGUGCAGCUGCGGGCGGACGCCACCAACGGCCGUAUCCCUGAGUUCACAGGCUUGCUGGGCUACCUCGAAUGUGGCCGUGUGAAGGAGAGGGUUGAUCGUCGAAACUUGCUGCUCGCCCGCUUUGUGCAGAAGCUGGACAGGCAGUUCUUCCAUGUGAUCCAGCAACCAGAGGGCCAAGGUGCUGCUUACAAGUGUGUGGCAGUGUUGGAGGGCCGUUUGCGCGGCCGGCGGGAGGAGCUGCGGGCCUACUUGCAGGACCGAGGGAUCAGCUUGACUGGGGAAGUCUACUUCAGGCCCGUACACCGCAUGCCUGCAUAUGCGAGCACCGAAGCUGCGUCCGCACAUCUGCCUGUUACAGAUGAGCUGUGCGAGAACCAUGUUUGCCCGCCAUUGUACCCAGAGCUGAGCUUCGAUGAUGUGGACUACACCUGUGAAGUGAUGAACGCUUUUGCCUCGUCGUGCUCCGAUCAGCCCUCGGCCAAGAGGCACAAGAGUGGCUAG